AUCCCUUCUCUCUCUCUCUCCAAAAGAUAUUUUUUUGGCCUGAAUCUUACCUAUAUAUUAUUGUCACUCCUCUAUUGUUGGAGGACUAAAGUAAGUUACUGUUAUUCUUCGUAGCAGUUUAAAUUGCGUUUUUAGUUUCAUCUUAAGCUUGGUGGCCAUGCCUGCGUAUGCUGAGCUCCACCUUCUUUCUCCUCGGAGCUUAAACUGUCUCAGCUUUAAAGAUCAGAGUAGAACUGAAUUGUUAUGCUUUCAAAGAGGAAAGAAUCAGGUGUUUUUGAGGAGCAAUUCUUUGUUUUCUGGGGGAAUUUCUGUGCUCAAGCGAUCGAGUUUCAGAUAUCAGUUUUCUCUGAAAGUUUGUGGAUCUCUUAAGACCGAUAAUGGAGGGGACACCACCAAGGAGCAUAUCAGUAUCAUGGAAGUCUCAGGGCCCCCUAAAGAUAUCAAUUCUGGCUAUGAAGGUGCACUUUAUUCAGGUAAGAGAUCAAUGGGAAGAGGAGAGCUUAGAAAGGCACUGCUUGAAGUCAAAAAGGGUUUUUUUUUGUUUAGCAUCCAUCUUGGUAGAUAUCUCCUCACCAUGAUGUGUACGGGUGUGAUACUUUCAAUUGGAUUUCAGUUUUCAGGUGGCAACAGUCAGAUGGAUGCCUUGAUUUGGUAUAGCUGGCUUGGAGGAGUCUUCAUCGGGACAAUGAUAGGAGCAAAUAUGGUUUUGGAGGAGUACUGCAAGGCUGGUCCAAGGAAUGUUGUCAUCACUGGAAGCACAAGGGGACUUGGAAAAGCACUUGCUCGGGAAUUUCUUCUCUCUGGGGACCAUGUUGUUGUCGCCUCUCGUAGCCCUGACUCGGUAGCUUCAACUGUGGAAGAGCUCCAGCAAAACUUACAGGAAGGAUUGUGUUCUGCAGAAAGUGUCUCAUCUAAGAGUAACUUAAAUAGAGCAAAAGUGGUAGGAACAGUAUGUGAUGUUUGUAAAGCUGAUGAUGUAAAGAAGUUGGCUGAUUUUGCUGUUAAUGAGUUUGGUUCUAUAGAUAUUUGGAUUAACAAUGCUGGUACAAAUAAAGGUUUUAGACCAUUAUUGCAGUUUACAGACGAGGAUAUUAAUCAGAUCGUCUCGACAAAUCUGAUUGGUUCUUUGAUCUGCACGCGUGAAGCCAUGCAUGUAAUGCAAUCCCAGGGUAAGGGGGGGCACAUAUUUAACAUGGAUGGCGCUGGUUCAGGGGGAUCAAGCACCCCUUUGACUGCUGUGUAUGGUUCGACAAAGUGCGGACUUAGGCAACUCCAGGCAUCUCUUCUCAAGGAGAGCAAGCGGUCAAAAGUUGGAGUACACACAGCAUCUCCCGGCAUGGUUCUAACAGAUUUGCUUUUGAGUGGCUCCACUCUUCAAAAUAAGCAAAUGUUUAACAUUAUAUGUGAGCUUCCGGAGACAGUGGCAAGAACAUUGGUUCCUAGGAUGAGGAUCGUUAAAGGAACAGGGAAGGCAAUCAACUACUUGACCCCACCCCGUAUUCUUCUUGCUUUAGUCACUGCAUGGUUGCGUCGUGGCCGUUGGUUUGAUGAUGAGGGGAGAGCAUUAUAUGCAGCAGAGGCAGAUCGUAUAAGAAAUUGGGCAGAGAGUCGAGCUCCAUUCUCGUUCACUGAUGCGAUGGAAAUGUACACCGAGAACACGUGGGUCUCUGUCUUCUCUCUCUCUGUGGUUUGUGCUUUCAUAAUCCUCUCCAGUUCCACUGGUAUCAUUCCUGGCACCUAAGGCUACCACAGUAAGCUUCUCUGUUUAUCAACUAAAAGGACAUGGCAGAAUUGUCGCCAUGAUGCAACAAAGGAAAACCAUAGAAUACAAGAGAGAGAAUAGGUAUCUCUCUAUCUCUCAGCAUUUUGUUUGCUGAAAGUUGAACAGAGUAGCCUGGCUUUCCACUAAUCUGAACUUUAACAACCUGCAUUUGUUGGCCCUGUGCAUUUCAGCAGCAAAAGCUACUGUGUUUAUGCUUCGACUUUGUAUAGCUCAUAAAUCUAAUGUAAUUUAUUCCCCUCUGAUUUUUUUC